CAGCAUGCGAUAAGAAAACGAAAAAGAGUUGAAGAGCUAGAAAGAGAGCCGGAGAAAUGCCCCAACAGCAGCAGCAGCAGUUGGAAGAAAGUCUUCCGAAUGGAUCGGCGGAUAUUAACGACAACUUCCGGUUGGGGGAGGAGUCUUUGCACCACAUCUACGAGAAUCUUCCAGCGGAGAAUUCCACGUCCAGAAAGAGUCAUCCGAUCCCCGAGCUGAGAAAGUACUUUCCCCGCGAGGCCAUCUAUGAGAAUCUGUGUCGCGGCUGCGGCUACGGGGUCUUCGCCGCCCAAGGACGAUACUGUCAUUUCUGUCAGUGUAUCGUAAGCGGCGGUGUGGUGCGAACUCAGCCCACUUCCCCGCCACCGCCUCCCCCGCUCUUAAAGGACUCGAGAGAUAGUAAUAUCUAUGAAAAUAUCUGUGAGAUAUGCCGGGGAAUAUACAGUGACAACGAAAAGUGCGAGUGCCAACGGGGGGGAAGGGAUACUCCCACCUCGGCCACGCCCUCUGCGCCGCCCACGCCACCCACUACCGGCAAAAGCAAGUCACGCACUCUCUUAAACUAUUCGAAGUCCAGUGCCGCGACCUUGACCCGUCUCUUUGGCUCUCUUAAGCAACUGAAUCGCUCGGCGUCGCUGCAGCGCAGGAUCUUCCAGAAAGAGGCCAAAGAGCGGGAGAAAGUUCGCGCCCCGGCCGGGGGAUCCCUGGAGAUCAUUCACAAUGUGGACGAGGUCUUUCGCACCCAGGAGACCUUCGACAUGCAGAGGAUCUGCGAGCUGAAGAGCCAGCUUCAAAGCAGCCAGAGCGAUCAGCACAUCUACGGGCGCGUAAGAGAGCCCGAAAGAGAGCAGCGCAAGAAGCCAAGGAUUUCGCGCAUGCGCCUGCUGCAAAUCGAACAGGAAAGUGAUCUAGAUCAGGAGCAGGAGAGCGUCGAGGUGGCAUCCUUGUACCUCAACGAGAGCGUCUGCCACUGGAUGACGUCACUGCGCAGUCAGGUCCAUCACUACGACGAGGGGGCGUGGCAGCAGCCCAAGAGUGUGCCGGCCUCGUACCAAAGAGAAAGGGAGUGGAUGCAACAGGACGAGGAGAAGGAGAAUGUGAUCCUGCGAAGAACCAAAGAAGAUAGCGACAAGCUCGAUCCGGUGGAUAACUUUAAGAGGAAGCUCCGGCUUAAGAGAGAGCCCAAAGAGAGGCCGGAGGAGCAGCGUCGAUGUGCCGUUACACCGGAUCUGGUUAGUGAGUUUCUCAGCAACCUCCAAGACGAUAAGAAGGAACAGGAAGAACUGGAGAUUGCAAGAGUCCUGCCACCCACAACCACCAUUCACUCUCUUUGGCAGCUAAUGCAGGCCAUUGUGUUCUCUUCGUCGCUGCAUGUGUGUGUGCGUGGCUUUCUCACCAGCUAUGACAAAUCGUUGGCUCAAUGGCUGUUUCUGCAGCAGCAGCAACAACAACCACACCAGCAACACCGACGCCAUCACUCAACGAUCGCCAUGCGAGCUUAUCUGAAAAGAGCGGGAAAAAGAGCUGCGGCAAAGAGAGCUGAUCGUGAAUCAGCGGGCAAAGAAACGGUGCUUCGGUUAGUCGCUCCGCCGACGCCAGAGAGUGACGACGUGUCUGCGGCGCUUCGUCGUCGGAAACGAAGCGAAGAGAUCGUUGGCAAGCAAGGGGGGACAGCAGCAGUAGCAGGGCCAGUGAUCGAAAGCGAUAACAGCGGCGACGUUAAGAAAAACAAUAACAGCGAGGACAGUCGAAGCAACAGCAACAAAAAGAAUAACAGUGUACCAGGCGGCAGAGCUUUGAUGGCAGCGCCAAAGACAAAUGGCGAGGCAGAGCGCCCCAAUAAUAAUAAAAACAACAAUAACAGCAAUGCAAACAGCACCACCACCGACAACAACAAAAGCUCCAGUGAUGACAAUGAAAGCAGCAGCAGCAACAAUAACAACAACAAUACGGGCAAUUGCAAUGUCAGCGAACAACAACAACAACAGCAAAUCACACAGAAUUGCGUGAUCAAAGUGCGACGUCCAGCCCCCAAAGUACCAGUACGUAAUCCCACAACAGCCUUAAGCAAACCCCGUCAGGAGGAGGAAUCCUCACCAAACGCAAUGGAUAAAGCCGAUAGGACAAAAGGUGAUCUGGAUGUGGAUCAGGUGGAGGAGGAGGAAUCCAUUUAUCAACCGAUUUGGAAGUUCAAGACCCUUGAACCCGAUCAGGAUAUCAUUCAGUCCCAGACCCUCGAUGAGGAGGAUGAAGACGAAGACGACGAGGAGGAGGAGGACGACGACGAGGAUGAGGAGGAGCUGGAGCUGGUGGAGGACUACGACGAGUCGUUGCCCUCCGAUGGGGAUGCCGAUGUGAUGGCUCUCCAGGCGGCAGCCGUUUUUGCCGCCGGGGUGCGCCACAAAGUGUCCACGUCGACGCUUACCAAACGCUCCAAGCUGAUGAUGCCCACGCCCCUGCCUUCGCCCACCGCCUCCAUGGACCAGGGGGCGUGGGAAACGGAUGUGGAGUUCAUGUACUCGAGGGAAGCGGAUAUGGAAGCCGAGGCGGAUGAGACCCUGAGCCUGGGCAGCACAGUGACGAAUAGCACUGCCACCCUAGGCUCUAUAAGUAGCCGGGGAAGUGCUGCUGCUCCUGGACUUGCACUUCCGGCUCCGCCACCUCAGGAACCGCCAAAGAUCGUGCCCCUCGUUCAUGACAUUCUGCGGAACAUCUGCAUCUUCUACAGUCCCCGGGAGCCCAUGAAGUACAGUGCUAUCUUCUACGAUUACCAGCGUUCAUACGUCCAUCAGAGGUUCAUGACCCGUAUCCGGCGACCUGCCCCACCGCCGCCCCCGCUCCUGCAGGCCGCACCUCCGCCUCCUGCUCCCCACACCGACGACAGUGGCUGCAGCUGCGAGGCCGAGGAUCAGGAGGAGAAUCAUCGAAUCCCCGUCUCCAUACCGAAGCCCCUCAAGGAGGAGUGGGAGAGGGCGGUUCUGGCCGCUGGCGCGUUGGGCGGCAAGCGGGGUGUGGCUCCCCGGGCGGGUCGGAAGCUCAGGGUUCGCUCCAAUGCUCGACUCCUCCUGACUGACUCGGUGCUGGCUUGGCGGGAACAGCUCCAGGAUGUCAACUGCUGCGAGGACGAAGAGGAUAUGAUUGUGCCAGUGACUGACAUUCUGCGGGCACAGCAGAUCCAGGAGGACAAUGAGGUGCAGCAGAGCCAACAGUCUACGAUUCUCCAGCGCUUCAAGAGCGUCUCCAUUGGCAAUCUUCUGGACCUGCCCGGGGAGGAUGACAAGAAGUCCAUCAAGAAUCGCAUGCGCAUGAAGUUUGCCGUCAAUAGCAAUGUGUUUCGCAUUAAUCGCUCGCCGAAGAGCGAAAAGAAAUCCCGUCAGCGUCGCGGCCAAGUUACCAGCCUGUAUCUGGAUGAGCAGCAAAAGUAUCCUUUAUUUUCGGCUCCUUUGAAUGCUUUGGAAUUGAAUAUGACGGAUCAUCCGAAUGUUCCCCGUUUCGUGGUGGACGUUUGUGCCUAUAUCGAGAGACCUGAGUGCAUCGAACAGGACGGUCUCUACCGUGCCUCGGGCAAUAAGGUUUUGGUCGAUGAACUGAAGAAGAAACUGACCCACAUCUAUGAUCCGCGUUGGCUCCAGACCGACGACAUCCAUACGCUGACCAGCCUGCACAAGCAGUUCUUCCGGGAGCUGGCCGCUCCAUUGAUCACCCAGGAGGCCUACGACCGUCUGGGCCGUAAUCUCUCCGACGAUGCCGCCAUCGAGCGCAUGCGUAUCGCCUUUGACGAUAUGCCGGAACCGAAUCGCUCCACUCUACGCUUUCUCAUUCAGCACUUGACCAGAGUGGCUGCUGCCAGUGGCUCCAAUCGUAUGCCGUCCACCAACCUGGCCAUCGUCUGGGGUCCUUGCCUCUUGAGUGCCAACCAGAUCCAGCUGGAUAUCGGUCGCAUGAAUAUGCUAGCCAAGGUCCUGAUAGAGAACUAUGAUCGCAUUUUUCAGCCCGAUAACGAGCGUCUUGUGUGCUAAACAUAUAUCAGCCUCCUGCUGCCACGCCCCUUUCUAUAACAUAACAUUUAGGUGCCUCAAAAAUCACAUCACAAAACAAAAGAAGAAACCCAAAAACUCACCAUCCACCACGCUUUCCAUUUUAUUUUAAACAUUUUUUUUGUGUGUCUUUAUGUCAGCUUUAAUUCGAUGUCUUUUUUUGUUCACUAAUUUUAAUAAUUUUUAAUAAUUCUUUUUAAAAACUUAUUUAUUCAUUGGAAGCAUACAAUCAUAGAUCAUGAAAAUACUUACCAAAAAGACAGUAGACUAAGUUAACACUAAAGAAAAGCAAAGAAACUGCUAAUAGUAUAACAUUAAAGCUGCGUGGCGGUACAGUGAGCACUGCCUGUGGCGGACCCCAACAAAUAUUAGUGAAACAUGACGAUAUAUUCACUCUAUUAAAUUUUUUUUUGUCUAAAUAUCAUAUGUGAAAAGUGAUAUUCGUUGCAAUGCGGGAGUCCUUGUUUGGCAAAAAUUGCAAAAAAACUGAAUAAAAAUAUUAAUAUAUACAUA